AUGAGAGCUAUUAAAAAGCGUUGGAGUCAAACCAAUAAAGGUGUUACUUUAUGGGUAGCACAAAUUGCGGUAGCUGAGGGUAUGCUAGUUAGUGGUGAGGUUAUUAACGAUAUAGAGAUGAAAGCACAUGAUCUUGACAGACAAAAAAAGGAUAACGCUUUUGAGUUUUACCAUUGUUGGGUAGCAAUGCAUGAACUUCCAAGAUGGAUGUCUGGUAAAGAUUCAACUGUUGUGACUUUAAUAAUAUCCUCCUUCCAAAGACUGGAAUCAGUUCGAAAAGAUGUUAAGCGGGCAUUUGGCGUUCUUCAAUCACGUUUCGCAAUAGUACAAAGACCAAAUCUUGCAUGGGAUGAACACUUGCUAUGGGAGAUAAUGUUGGCUUGUAUAAUUUUUCAUAAUAUGAUUGUUAAGGAUGAGCGAGAUACAUAUCAGAAUUAUGGUGACAUGUCAGAAUUCGAGAAAGCUAAGUAA